GGAUUGACGUUCGUCGUAAGUAGAUUCGUUUGUAAAAUGGCGAGUGAAAAUACAGUUGUACGCGUGAAGCAAGGUGAAUUAUGUGGCGUUGUCGAGGAAACAGAUUAUGGUGAUCGGUAUUUGGCAUUUCGUGGUAUACCAUAUGCGAAACCACCGAUUGGCCCACUUCGAUUUAAGGAUCCAGAACCGUUAGAGCCAUGGUCAGGAAUAAGAGAUGCCUCGAAACACGGAGACGUUUGCGCCCAAAAUGACACGUUGUUUCGUCAAUUGAAAGGAAGUGACGAUUGUCUCUAUCUGAACGUAUACAGGCCAGUUGCCGAAUCAAAGACAAAACGUGUUGUAAUAGUAUGGAUCCAUGGUGGAGCUUUUAUGGUAGGAUCUGGCAACGAUGAUAUUUAUGGUCCCGAUUAUCUGAUGCGAAAGGAUAUUGUUCUGGUGAAGAUUAAUUAUAGACUCGGUGUUUUAGGUUUCUUGAAUUUGGAGCAUGAAAUUGCUCCAGGUAAUCAAGGUUUGAAGGAUCAAGUAAUGGCCUUGAAAUGGAUACAGGAAAAUAUCUCGAGUUUCGGCGGAGAUCCCAACAAUGUCACCAUAUUCGGUGAAAGUGCCGGUGGUGGCUCGGUUCACUAUUUGACUAUAUCUCCUCUAGCUCAAGGCUUAUUCCAUAAGGCGAUCGUGCAGAGCGGAGUGGCGAUUAAUCCUUGGGCUAUAAUAACGAAAGAACCGAGCAAAUAUGCGUACGAUUUGGCGGCAAAACUUGGCGAGGAAUCGACUGAUCCUAAAACCGUGCUCGAGUUCUUGAGGACCGUGGAUGCGCAGAAACUUGCAUUUACCGAGACACAGCUUUUAAAGUCAAAGCAACCUUAUGUAACAUUUGGAACAUUUGCACCAUGUAUCGACAACAAAUCCCCGAAUCCAUUUAUGCCUCAACAUCCCUCGGAAAUGAUGAAAACAGGUAUCAAAGUACCUUUACUGAUUGGUUAUAACGAGAACGAGGGAAGCAGCAUUGUUAACUUUCUAUUUCAAGAUAUAAAAAAUGAUGAUGUUAUGCGAAACGUGAAUGAGAAUUUCGAGAUGCUAAUUCCUUUGGAGUUGCAGCUAUACUUGAAGAAGAAGGGUAUUACUCCGAACGACAUAAAACAUUAUUAUUUUGGGAAAGAAAUGAUCAGUGAAGAAACGAAGCAAAAAUAUGCAGAUUAUAUGAGCGAUGUUAUGUUCCUUCGAGGUAUCCAUGAUGUAAUUGAUAUUCAAAUGGAAAAAGCCACAGAACCUACUUAUAUGUAUAAAUUCACCUACGAUUCGGAAAUGUCCUUAUUAAGAAUCAUGAUGAAUGUUACUCUUCCAGGUGCUACGCAUGCAGAUGAAUUGCAAUAUUUAUUCUUCCCACAUUUAUCGAAGAAACUUGCAAACAGAAAAUUACCUGAAGUUGGAAGUGAUAUCUACAUAAUGAUGGAAUAUUUUACUCAAAUGUGGACAGAUUUUGCUAAAACUGGGAAUCCAACACCUAAAAUCACGGAUUUAAUUAGAACAAUUUGGAAACCACUCGAGAAAGCAGAUGCAUAUAAUUAUUUGCGCAUUGAUAAAACGCUUCAAAUGGAAUCCUAUAGUAAGUCGGGGCAAAGAUUUGAUUGGAAGAGAAUUAAAAAUAAAUUGUAAUGCACAUUUUAAUUUUUAAUAUUGUAAUAUUUGUAAUAAUAAUUAAUAAAAUAAUAAAAAUA